AUGCCUUCCUCCAUCACGGACACAAUUCCAGCCCAUGCGAAUGGCUCGAAGCCCACCGAAGAUCAUUGGAACAACUGGCCAAACGAGAAGGGAUUUGACCCCGAGUACGAGGAACGCACCCCAAUCGAGCUCUCAGUGACUGGACAUAUUCCUGCCUAUACCGCAGGUACACUGUACCGUACUGGUCCAGGCAAAAGUCAAGUCGAGACUGAAGAUGGCCAACUAUUCAAGCUGGCACACUGGUUUGACGGCUUCAGCCAAACACACCGGUUCCAAAUCAUCGCCUCAGAUGAUGUUGACGCUUCGUCUACUCCAAUCCGAGUCCUGUACAACUCCCGCUUCUCCACCGAUGCUUUAAUCGAAAAGGUUCGAAAAGAAGGAUACAUGGUGGGAUUCGGUGACAAACGUGACCCUUGCAAGGAAGUCUUCAACAAAAUGCAAACGGAAUAUGUGCUCCCCAGCCACCCGUCUGAGAGAAAUAUCGGCGUGACACUCUCUGUCAACAUGCCAGGCCUUGACCUCCAGUCUGAUAAUGAAUCGGCGGAGCGUUGGUCCGACUCGAAGGGGGUUCGGACCCUGUACGCAAAAACCGAUUCCCACGCCUAUAAAAAACUGGACCCGGAAACCCUUGAGCCAAUUGGUCUUGCCACGCAGACAGACCUUCAUCCUGAAUUGGUCGGCCCUAUGUCUGCUUCGCAUCCCCGCUCUGAUCCAGUGACGGGUGAUGUGUUCAAUUACAACCUCACCCUGGGUCCAAUCUCUAUCUAUCGCAUCUUCCACGUUUCUGCUGCAACUGGCAAGACGUCUAUCUUGGCUACCUUCCCAGGCACGCCAGCUUAUAUCCACUCUCUGAGUAUCACGGAGGACUAUGUCCUCUUAUGUGUCUGGAACUCGCAUAUCAAUAUACAACAUAUCAAAACCGGAUCUUUCAAGGAUACAAUCAUGCCCACCGAUCCUUCUCAGCCGGCGACAUGGUAUGUAGUUGACCGCAAGCACGAACGAGGCCUGAUGGCCACAUAUGAGAGUCCGGCAUUCUUUUGUUUCCACACAAUCAACGCGUUUCAGGAACAAUCCAAAGAAGACCCAACCAAAAUCGAUAUAGUUGCUGAUCUUGUUCGCAUUGAUACCUCGAACUUUCUUGAUCUUGUUCUUUACAAGAAUAUGAAAUCGUCGCUCGCUACUGCAAAGGAUUUCGCCAAGAACAGAAGCGAUGAGAUGCGUACCUCAUUCGCUCAAUUCCGCCUUCCUGCACUUCCAUCAGAUCCUAGCAGUGAGAUUCUCAAGGCUUCCCUAGAAUGGUCUUCGGGCAAAGCUUUCUCGCCUGAAUUGCCGACAAUGAACCCCAGUUUCGUUACGAAGAAGCAUCGGUAUUCAUAUGCAGUGACUUUCCGGGGAGAGUCGACCAUGACAGAUGGUAUCGUCAAGUUUGACAGUGAGACUCAGGAGGUUAGUCUGUGGGCGCACCAUGGCCACUCACCCGGAGAGCCGAUCUUCGUCGCCAACCCGACCGGUGUCGAUGAAGAUGACGGCGUGCUUCUUAGUGUGGUUUUGGAUGGCUUCCAAGAACAUAGCUACCUGCUUUGUCUUGACGCUCGGAACUUGACUGAGCUUGGUCGAGCUAACAUGAAAGGAGCGGUUGGAUUCGGAUUCCAUGGACAGCAUGUUUCUACCGUCGGCACGGCUACUGGAGAUUACUGA